CAAGUGAGGAACAAUCUUCCUCUUUCCCAAUAUCGCAUGGAACCCUAAUUCACUUCGUUCUCCAUCUACGAACAGCGAGCAAUUCACCCACUCUCGUCUUCUAUCUCCAUCUAUUCGUGAAUUGUUCUCUCAUUUUUCUUGCAGAUCCGUUGUUUUUACGAGCUCUGAUUGGAAAAUAAUGGAUGGGAACAAGGACGAUGCGCUCAAGUGUUUCAGAAUCGCCAAAGAGGCGUUAGAAAGCGGCGAUCGGUCACGCGCGUUGAAAUUCGUGAGCAAAGCUCGCCGUCUCGACCCCACUCUGCCCGUCGACGAUCUAUUGACGGCGAUAGGGGGCGGCGGCGGCGCAGGCGACAAUCCCACCGAAGCAGCUGCCGAGCCGGGGAAGCCCGCUGCUGAUAAUCCCUCUGUCCGCCGAAGGUCUUCGGCCGCGGCAGCACCGGUUCCUCCGUCAUCCUCAUCAUCAUCGUCAGCCUCAUACACCACGGAGCAGGUUUCAAUUAUCAGGGAAAUUAAGAGGAAGAAGAACUACUACGAGAUUCUAGGUUUAGAGAAGAGUUGCACCGUUGAGGACGUGCGGAAAUCCUAUAGAAAGCUCUCUCUGAAGGUCCAUCCAGACAAGAACAAAGCCCCCGGCGCUGAGGAAGCGUUCAAGGCGGUGUCGAAGGCGUUUCAGUGUCUAGGCAAUGAGGAGAGCAAGAGGAAGUAUGAUCUUUCCGGAGAAGAUGAAUCUGUCUAUGAGAGGCGUGCUGCAGCGAGGCCGGGUCCGGGGGCGGCGAGGGCUUAUAAUGGCUACUAUGAGGCUGAUUUUGAUGCUGAUGAGAUAUUCAGGAAUUUCUUCUUUGGAGGGAUGCGUCCUACAGCAACAGCUAGCUUUGGAGGGUUUAGUUUUGGACCUGGGAUGGGUCACAGGCAUGCUGAUAAUGAUAAUCAUGGCUCUGGUGGUGGCUUCAAUGCACGCGCUUUGAUUCAAUUGUUUCCGGUCUUGCUUAUUUUACUCAUUAACUUUUUGCCCUCAUCGGAACCAAUCUAUACACUUUCUCAAAGCUACCCUUAUGAGCAUAGAGUUACUACACCUAGGGGUGUUAACUACUAUGUUAAGUCCACAAAGUUUGCUCAGGAUUAUCCUGAGGGUACCCGUGAGCGUGAGACGGUUGAGGACAAGGUUGAGAGGGAGUACUUCGGCAUCCUUCGCCAGAACUGUCAGUUUGAGUUGCAGCGUCGCCAGUGGGGCUAUAUCAAAGAAACUCCACACUGUGAUAUUCUCCGGAAAUAUGAGUUGGUAAACUAAUAUGUUUGCUUCAUGGUCUUACUUUUAUUGUCUUUUGUCUUUUUUGAGGUAGAUUUAGAUUUACCUGCCGUGUGAUAUUAUUAUAGAAUGUACAAUUUAUUUAUCACCCUGAUACUAAUGAAGCAGUUCAUAAUAAACCUCUUCAUUCGGACUGUUAGCACUCAAUUUGAAGCAAAUAUCUCUCGAACUUAGAAGAAUCAUGUUACCAGAGAUAUGUUUGCAUUGCCUCACUUUUGUACCAAAUUGUUGAUGUGUAUUUAUUUAUAUUCAACUGCAGUGAGUGGUUCUUCA